GGCGUGUAAACAUUAGGUAAGAAUAUAUUCGUAGACUUGAGUUCCGUUGGGUGAUUGCCUUUUAACUAUUGGGGGGCAGUCGGUACUCAACCGCGACUGCAAGCAGUCUUCAAGAACGUCUUCAUUAUUCAAAUUUCUUACAGGUGGUGCUACUGGGAGAGUUUGGUGGUGAUGGGGGUGACGGAGGUGUUGGAGGUGAUCUGGCCGGGGGACUGGAUGGGGCGAGGCCGAACUCUCCUCACUACACUGGGAGUCAUUGUCCUAACCACCAAGAUCGUCAAGGAGAGGAAGAGGCGGCGGCUCAGGCGGGAGUGGGACAGUGCAGGGAAGGACGUGGUAUUACUCCAUCAAUUCAAGUCAGGCAAGUAUUGCCCCAACCUCAGCCCCUUCGCGCUCAAGCUUGAGACUUUCUUCAGGUUGGCCAACAUUAAAUAUGUGGUGGACACCAAGAGCCCCUAUGGGUCAAAGGGGAAGUGCCCGUGGAUCACCGUGAAUGGGACGGACGUGGCCGACUCUGAGUUCAUUGUGGAGUAUAUUACCGAGCACUUCAACGUGAACAUUGACGCCCAUCUUGACCCACGGAAGGUGGCCAUCCUGGAGGCUGUCAGAGUCCUGGCUGAUGAACACCUUUUUUGGUGUGUAGUGGUGUGGCGCUAUUGGCUCGAUGGAUGCGUCACCUUCCUCAAGUCACAGUCGUUUAGUCCCUUCCUGAGGUUUAUUUUCCCGAUAUUCCUGAAGCCCGGGAUGAGGGACCGCUCUCGGCAUCACGGCAUUGGCCUCCACUCCCCAGAGGAAAUCUACCACAUCUGUAAAAAGGACUGCAGGACUCUGGCCGGAGUUCUAGGUGAUGAUAAGUUCUUCGGGGGUGAUGAGCCUUGCACAGCUGACUGUACUGCGUUCGGUCAGCUCGCCCAGCUCAUGUGGAACGCUCCGGGCUCACGCUACCAGGCUUUGGUUACUGAGGUGUACCCGAGUCUCGCCCGCUACUGUCUCAACAUGAAGGAACGACUCUACCCGGACUGGAACAAACUGCUCAAACCUCCUCAGCAAGACCUGCCAUCGCCUCCUCAGUAGCGGGUCAUCCCCUCAGUAACACCUUGUUGCCCCUCAAUAACAUCUGGCACUCCCCUCAGUAACACCUGUCACUCUCCCCAGUACCACCUGUCACUCCCCUCAGUAACACCUGUUAUCCCUUUCAGUAACACCUGUUAUCUCCCUCAACAACACUUGCCACCUCUGUCAGUAGCAUCUGCCGUCCCGCUCAGUAACACCUGUCAUCCCCCCAAUGACACCUGCCACUCCCCUAGUAACAUCUGUCACCCCCUUCAGUAACACCUGUCAUUUGUUAUUGCUCGGUAACAUGUGCCAUCAAUGCUAUUCAAUUACAGUUAUUCCACCCCUAUUUUGUUCAGUAACUUCUGCUCUCCUCCUUCCCAUUCAGUGAUACUUACCACCCCACCCCCACCCUCCCCCCAGUGAUCCAUGAGUGAGGGAUGUACUGUCUACCUCAGCCACGUUUGCCAUUCCUACAUAAUAAAAAUCCGAAACUUCUCGAGAAUCAUCAGCAAAUAGCACAGCAGAACUAAGAAUGUAAAUGAUCCUAAUGUAAUAUCACUUUCUUGUAUAUACUGUAUGUGUAUUGCCUCCUGUAAGUUUUCGUAAGAUAGUUUGAGAGAUGUGUUGUAUGUAUAGAUUUACAAAGGUAUCUUACUUAGAAAUAAAAAGAGUCCUCCCA